GUCAAGAAACACUGGACUGCAAGCCCAUGGGUGGGUUAACAGAGAAAUGCAUGACGGUGCAAAUAAAGAAGGAUCUAAUGUGACUGACACUACAUGCUCUGCCUUCAAGCUUCACUCGGCUUUCUUCUGAUCGCUGUUCAAGCGCGGAAGCUGGCCAGCGGUGCUGGAUGAUAACCGGCCGGUGCGUUGACUUCUGCAGAGACUGUCGCGUUUCACGUCACUUUUCAAUGAAUUGUAGUUAUAUAAGUGGCUUUACAGGACUGACUUGCUUGUCCGACUGAUAAACGUAAAAAUGAGCGCCGCUGUUUAUGUUUUAUCUACGGUUACCGGAUAUGUGCUCACGUCGGCGUUACUGCUCAAGUGGCCGUCUCUUCUGCAUCGGCGAAAGAAAGAAGCCUUCCGUAGCAGACACAUCUCACACCGCGGCGGAGCUGGUGAGAACUUGGAGAACACAAUGGCAGCCUUCAGGCAUGCUGUUCAAUUGGGCACUGACUUGUUGGAGCUGGACUGUCAUUUGACCAAGGAUGAGCAGGUGGUGGUGUUGCACGAUUCCAACCUGAAGCGGUCGACUGGAAUUAAUGCAUACAUUUCAGAUGUGGCUUAUGCUGAUCUUCCACCUUACCUUUGUAAGCUUGGGGUGUCUUUCAAACGAGAGUGCUACUGUGAAGGAGGAGAUGACAAACGCAUCCCUCUGCUGAGAGACGUGUUUGAAGCUUUUCCAAACACCCCUAUAAACAUCGACAUCAAGGUCAACAAUGACACUCUCAUCAAGAAGGUGUCCGAGCUGAUUGUGCGAUACAACAGGGAGCAUCUGACCGUCUGGGGAAACUCCAGCAACGAAGUCAUUAAGAAAUGUUACAAAGAGAACCCACAAAUCCCAAUCUUGUUCAGUUUGCCCAGAGUGCUGCUGUUACUCGGUCUUUUCUACACAGGCCUCCUGCCCUUCGUCCCGCUUAAGGAACAAUUCCUGGAGAUUCCCAUGCCUUCAAUCAUUUCCAAACUCAAAGAUCCUGAGCGUCAGACACAGAGUCAGCGUUUCAUAACAUGGCUGGCAGACACGCUCCUCAUGAGAAAAGCAUUAUUCGAUCAUUUGACGAGCAGAGGAAUACAGGUGUAUGUCUGGGUGUUGAACGACGAGGAAGACUUUAAACGUGCCUUUGACCUUGGGGCUACAGGGAUUAUGACAGACUAUCCCACCAAGCUAAAAGAGUUCAUGGAGAAAAACAACUACACUCUUAAAUAAGACUUGUCAGCCAAAGUAAACAAUCAAUUUGCUUUUCCACUGAUCUUUGGCUUCUAAAUGGGCCUUUUAAUUACCCAACAUUCUUUGAUGUUUAUGUCUAUGAGUGUAGAAGUGGCAGCUAUCAGUUCUGCAUACAUCUGCGAUCAGCGUCGGAGCCAUUUUAAACCAAACAGGUUGUCAUGAAAUACUUCUGUUGCUUUAAGUUCAUAGCAAUACAUGUUAUCCAUAAAAAGCAGGAGGAUUCAUAAGAGGCUGAGGUUAUGAUGUUGGGAUGGUGUCAUGAUCAUCAUGACAUUUCUGUGAAGUUUUCUCUACAGGCACUUUCAUUGUUAUUACAAUGUGAGGAUGUAAAUCCCACAGGUACUUGCUGUGCAUCAGUUUCUGCAAUAACACUGAACUCACUAAAGAGUCAAUUGUCUAAAUUUCGAGACCGAAACUACUGAAGUUUUUCCAGGGCACUAAAAAUAAAUACUAGUUUCAGGGGUGUACUAUGGGAUUGUUGAGAGACCAAUAAUCAGAAGGCAUUAUAUAUUAUUGUUUACUCUGUUUGAUUUGACGUGUAUAUUUUGUUUUUGUAAAUUUGUUUCUUUUGACAAUAAGAGAUUGUCACUUUUGAGAUAAGUUGUGGCUGAAAAGAUGCCUCACUAUUGCUUGAAGUGUUAAGUGUGGUUUAAUAUAUAUGACCACCAGUCAGAAGUUUUGACACACCAACUCAGUCUUCAUUGUUACUAUGUCAACAUUACAAUGUAUAAUAUUAAAGAAAGUAUGGUAAUUAUGUACCAUUUAAAAAAUUUUAUACAUGUGAAAACUCAUUUGAGUUGCUUCAAAACUUGUUUCUGCUUUCAUUUAAUAUAUACUCCAACUCAUGAUAAUAAUAAUACAAUAAAU